AUGUUGCCCAUGUUACUGUGGCUCGUGGCCAACCUCUUCUUAGCGCCGGCCGCGGAAGGCUUUCAUGGUAUGAAUAAAACCAACACCUGGGCCGUCAUCCUGUCCUCCUCCCGUUACUUCUUUAAUCUCCGUCAUACAACGAAUGCGCUGGCCAUGUACCAUUUGUGUCGAAAACACGGGAUGGAUGACGACCACAUCCUUGUCUUUCUUAGCGAUAGCUACGCCUGCGAUCCCCGCAAACCCAACCCAGCGACAAUUUACGGAGCACCUGCCCAAGCGGAGCAACCGAAUCUAUACGGCUGCAAUAUUAGAGUGGACUACGCGAGCUACGAUGUCGGUGUUCGCCGGUUCCUUGGCGUCCUGCAGGGCCGAUAUGAUGAGAAUACUCCUCCUUCACGGCGUCUCGACACCGACGAGAACUCGAACAUAAUCAUUUACGCUGCUGGCCACUCAGCUGAGAAAUUCUUCAAGUUUCAGGACUCGGAGUUCAUGAGCUCAACAGACAUUGCGGACACCCUCAUGAUGAUGUGGGAACAGCGACGAUAUCGUAAACUAGUUUUUCUUGUUGACACAUGCCGUGCGCUUUCCUUGUGUCUUGAGAUAAAAGCACCAAAUGUCGUUUGCCUCGCCUCUUCCGAAGCGCAUUUGGAUAGCUACUCGCACCACCUUGACCCCCCAUCAGGCUUCACUGUCAUCACGCGCUGGACGUUUGAGUUCCUUGAGGUGCUCAAGGACUCGAAAUGUCGGCCAGAAAACGGGGAAGUAACGCUGCUCCAGAAAUCAUUUUAUGACUUCAAUUACGGUCCAGAGAGACUGAGUUUGCCCCAACCACUCUCUGAACCCGCGCACUUCGAUGCCGUGAACCGUCCAAACGCAGUCCGUGAGUGGAAAAUGGACGAAUUUUUCUGUGAGCAGGAUCGGGAUAAGAUCCCAGUAGAGUUACGUUACGAUUUGUUCUAG